AUGACAUCUCCGACCGAUACCCUCCCUCCACCAGCCAAGACCCUGCACGUGGGCGUCUUCAUCCCUGCCGACGCCCAGGUCCUCGACCUAUCAUGCGUCGACAUCAUCGGCACCAUGUCCGCAGAGUACAUGUCCCAGGUUGCCUCCGUGGUGCCGCCCUCGGUCCGGGACCUCGCGCCCGCCAUAAAGUUCUACUACAUCGGCUCCGUGCCCGUGGAGCAGCCCAUCGGCCUGACGUCCGGGAUGAGCAUCACCUGCACGCACCACUACACCGACCCGGCCGUGGCCGCGGGACAGCUGGACAUUGUUCUCGUCCCCGGGCCGGACCCGCUCGCCACGGAUUACCAGAUGGACGGCGGGGCGGCGGCCAAGUGGCUGGCGGGCCAGGGGGCCUGCGAGAGGACUGAUGUGCUGUGCGUGUGCACGGGCAUCAUGUGGUGCGGCGCGGCCGGCCUGCUGAGGGGCAAGGUUGCGUGCGGGCCGAGGGGGCUGCGCAAGUUCAUCAUGGAGCAAGAGGGCGGUACGGGAUUUGGGGUCAAGGAGCUGAUCGGGGAGAAGGUCAGGUGGUGGCAGGACGGGAGGUUCUGGUCGAGCGGCGGCAUCACGAACGGCAACGACCUCGUCGCCGCAUACUGCAGACAGUCGCCGCACUUUCCGAACCCGCUCGUCGAGAUUGUCUGCGAGAUGUGCGAUGUCGGCGACCGCGCGCAGCACUACGACAAGAGCCAAUCCAGGUUCAUCUUCACCAUGGUGUACAACACUUUCCGGGCGUGGCUGUUGGGCUUUGGGAGGAGUAAGAAGGCUUGAGCCGAGGGGCCUUGUAACUCGCUGCGGAGUCAACGAGUGGCCUGAGCUGCUUGGAGACGUGGUAUGCUUGUGGUCCAGAUAUAUCCAGGACCGUGCAAUUUUAAAUUGGCAUUUCAACUGUCAUUUGCGAUACCCUGGAAGGGUCGCAGAUUUCCUGUUAGAAUGCAUAAUUCAUGGGAGGGUGCAUCGGCUUCGAAACUGAAAUAGAGUCUAUGUUGGCAUUUUCCAUUAUGACAAAUCC